AUGGCAUCGUCGAAGCUCCACACACUGGACACUCGGCAUUUGAAGCUUGCACUCGUUCAGUUGUUCGAAGGACGGUUUCAACUCGCUGAGCAGGUGGUGACGGCAAUCGACGGGAGUGACGGCGGUGCCUGCCACCUCGGUGGCUGA